AGAUCGCCAUCCCAGCGUGGUCCUCUUCCUCUUCUCCAUCCAACCCAGCCAUAAGCUUGAUCUGGCCGUUCGCCCCAGUCGCCGGUCCCGUGGGUCAGCAGCCUCGCCUCCACCCGAUUCAGUCGCGUCCUCCUUCCCAAGGCUUUCUCCGAUCUGCCAACCCACCACCCCACCACGCCUCGCUCUCUCUGCCCCCUCCUUCCCAAUGCAGCGCCGAUGGGGCAGGGCCUCCGCGGCCGCCGGCGCCCUCUGCGACUCCUCUUCUCCAUGAUUCGCCCGCUAUUACUCCUCUCCUCCACGAUUCGUGGUGAUGUUGGGGUGGCAUCUUCUUCAAGCGGGAGGUGUGCCUCGUCCUCGCACAUGCCCGGCCGCGCCAUCGGAGCCCCCCGCAGUGUAGAGGCAGUGCUCCGCCACCCGAUGCUGUUCUUCGCGUCGUCCCGCGCUCCCAAAGCUGGGAACCGGCUCCCCGCCUCCAAGUUCUCGGCAUCGACGUCCCGUGCUGCCUGCAUCCUCGCCAAGCCCGACUCGCAGCCGUGUAGCCCGAGCUCGCCAAGGCGCUUCAACUCCGCCGCCGCGCCAUCUUCUUCAGGCGCUCGAGCACGAGCACAAGCUCGCCCGCGCCCCACCUCUCUCUGCCGCUCCGUCCGCCGCCCGCGGUGCCGUGACCCGCCACUGCCGUGCCCUGCAUCACUCUGUAGCCGCGCCGCCUGGGUCGAUGCGGUCAGCGCUCCCAAGCCGUUGACCCCGCGCCAGGGGACGACUAUUUCCUCCCAUGCGUGCGCGCCCGUGCUCCAGCCCUCCCCUCCCCAUGCUGCCGGCACACUCGCGCCGCGGGGCCGUAUCCAGCCUGUGCCUGGACGACGGAAGCCCCCCCACUGUCCGUGCGCUCCGGCAAGCUCCCUGUCGCGCUCGAGACCUCCUCGAGUCUUCCCGCCGAGGCCUUCCCGGUGACCAGCCUUUGACUUGGGUCUCCUGUCCGCCUCGGCGCGGACGCCCGCCACGACGCCGGCGGCAAGCGGCGGCGCGUGCCCGGCGAUGGAGAACGGCAGGAUAAGCGGUGAGAGGCGCGGUGGUGAGCCAGUCCAAUAAGAGAUAAGGGUUGCGGGCAUAGUUUCUAACAAAUUUAGGGGGUUUUACGCAAAAACGAAACGUUUUUCCAAAGUGCCACUUAAAUAGGGACUGCGGGUUAAUUUCAAAGAAACAGAGGGGCUUUUUCGCAAAAACGCCGAUGACGGACGGGCAGAAGCACUCCGUGCUUUAUUAGUAGGGAAAGAUUAAUUAUAAUUAUAAUUAUUAAUUAUUAUUAAUUAUUAAUUAUAAUUAUAAUUAUAAUUAUAAUUAUUAUUAUUAUUAUUAUUAUUAUUAUUAUUAUUAUUACUAGUAAAGGUGCCCGUGCGUUGCAACGGGAUGAUGUUGUUGUAACAUUCUAUAAAAAAGACGAAGAUCAAGCAUAACACAGUAUUAAAGAAUGACAAUAAAUAAAUGAAAUACUGAAAAUAUAGAAUCAGUUCAUAUAUAGGAUGUAUCACAUAAACAUAAAUAGAACAUAACUACUUCUAUCGACUCUUGCCGAGUCCAAUAUGAGUAUAAUAAAUCAGAAACAACAUCUUUUUCACACUGAACAACACAGCAAUUAUAUGAGUAAAUUUGCCCAUGUGUUGCCACGGUUGUUUUUUUACUUUAUUUUUAGGCCAUGUAGAAUUUUGCACAAUGUAUUCUCUAAACAUUCCAAAUAGUAUGAAACUGAUAAUUCAAGAAGUGAUGUCAC